AAACAGUUUCUUACCGUAAGAGGGAGUUCAGACCUAGAUCCUUCCAGUUAAUCACACAACAAACUUAGCUCAUCGCAAUAAAAAGCAGCUCGGAGCCGAGCGGGCUCUUUUGGGCACUGACUGCGAACAGGAUUCUCUCAGCCAGGCAGCUCCUGCAGUGGGAUCCGCCGGCCCGGCCAGCAGCACCAUGUGGGUGUCCAAACUUGUGCCAGUCCUGCUGCUGCAGCAGGUCCUGCUGCAUCUCCUGCUGCUGCCCAUCGCCAUCCCCUACGCAGAGGGACAGAAGAAGAGAAGAAAUACACUUCAUGAAUUUAAAAAGUCAGCAAAGACGAUUCUUAUCAAAGAAGACCCAUUACUGAAGAUAAAAACUAAAAAAAUGAACACAGCAGACCAAUGUGCCAACAGAUGUAUUAGGAAUAAAGGACUUCCAUUCACUUGCAAGGCCUUUGUUUUUGAUAAAACAAAAAAACGAUGCCUCUGGUUUCCUUUCAAUAGCAUGUCCAGUGGAGUGAAAAAAGAGUUUGGUCAUGAAUUUGACCUCUAUGAAAACAAAGACUACAUUAGAAACUGCAUCAUUGGUAAAGGAGGCAGCUAUAAGGGAACAGUGUCUAUUACUAAGAGUGGCAUCAAGUGUCAGCCCUGGAGUUCCAUGAUACCACAUGAACACAGCUUUUUGCCUUCGAGCUAUCGCGGUAAAGACCUACAGGAAAACUACUGUCGAAAUCCUCGUGGGGAAGAAGGGGGACCGUGGUGUUUCACAAGCAAUCCAGAGGUACGCUACGAAGUCUGUGACAUUCCUCAAUGUUCAGAAGUUGAAUGUAUGACCUGCAAUGGGGAAAGUUAUCGAGGCCCCAUGGAUCACACAGAAUCAGGCAAGAUUUGUCAGCGCUGGGACCAUCAGACACCACACCGGCACAAAUUCUUGCCCGAAAGAUAUCCCGACAAGGGCUUUGAUGAUAAUUAUUGCCGCAAUCCUGAUGGCAAGCCGAGGCCAUGGUGUUAUACUCUUGACCCUGACACCCCCUGGGAGUACUGUGCAAUUAAAAUGUGUGGAAGCCGUUAUUUUGCAAGAGGUAAAAACAGAAGUUCGCACAUAAAUGGAAGAUGUGUAUGCCUUGUGAGAAAGUCCUAAAUGUUCACAUGCUAUCAAGAAAAUAAGAAAAGUCCUCAUAUGAAGAGAAAGCCCAGGGCAGGUGUGCAGCAUCACAAAGUCAGUAGGACAGCAGAAGCUAGGACCUUGCUUCUUACCCUUCAGUCCUGCAUCCUUCCCACCCGUCUUCCUUGGGGACUCAGCAUGAGCUGGCUGUGAACUCCUCUGGUGAUUGACAGAGGCUGCAGUUGAGAAGAGUUAAGUCCAAUAGGAGCUGCACAUGGAUGUCUUCAGUCUGCCGUAGCUGGUCCCUAGGCCCCUGGCUGUCCUUGCACCCAGCCUGUAUGAUGAUCCAUCCUGUGUUUUUAAUCAGUCUCUACUAUCCUUUUCUUUUCCUUUUUUUUAAAAAAAGAUUUAUUUAUUUGUUUUUUUAAAGUCAGAGUUACACAGAGAGAUAAAGAGAGGCAGAGGGAGAGAGAGAGAGGGAGAGAGAGAGAGAGAGAGGUCUUCCAUCCGCUAGUUCACGCCCCAGUUGGCCACAAUGGCCGGAGCUGUAUUGAUCCAAAGUAGGGAGCCAGGAGCUUCUUCCGGGUCUCCCAUGUGGGUACAGGGACCCAAGGACUUGGGCCAUCUUCUACUGCUUUCCCAGGCCAUAGCAGAGAGCUGGAUCGGAAGUGGAGCAGCCGGGACUUGAACUGGUCCCCUUAUGGGAUGCUGGCACUGCCCUAAUGGGAUGCUGCCACAGCACCAGCCCCUUCUAUAAGAUGGUCCUUAUCUAGCUCUGCUAAAUUUAUGCCAAAAAACUUUUUUUUUUCUUGUGAUAUCCUUGAAGUCCAGAUACAGGGUCCUCUCCUCCAUGGUUAACUGACACAUUUUUGCUUUUCUCUGAAAUUGUGUGAGGAGACUUCAUGGAAGUUUAAAAAGUUCAUGGAAAAUGGAAUUAAAAGAUGUUUAUUUUGAUGUUUGAAGUCCAUGUAGAGUUUCAUCAUCAUACACGUUUCCAUGAACUUUCUAAAGACCCCUCUGUAGACCUGUUUUUGUUUCUUUGAAUUCAAAUCUCCUUUUUUACAACUGGAUUCUAAAGUGCUUUCAGAUCAAUAGAUUUCAUAAAUACUUUCAAGUGUCACACUGUUAUAAGUUAGCUUGAUAACAUAAAGGUUUGCACUUAUAUACAGAGACAUAAAAUAAAUAAACUGCCUAAGGUCGGGCACCUGCACCCAGGGUAAUGUGCAUAGUUAUGAGGACAUGGAUAGGUAUUUGCAUCUUUCCCCAUAGUAGCAUGAUGACGAUAUUUUUCUGGACAAACCUGCUCCAGUGUUUUUCCCACUGUACCCAUGCUAAGGUCAAUGUCGCUCAACUGUGACUUGCUAAUAAAAGGAAAUGUUGUGGACACCUCUUGUACAGCCCAUAGAAACGGGAUGUGCCAGGCAUAUGUGGACUCACUUUAGGGUCUAGAAGCUUCUCAGAGGGAAACACAAUGUUCCCAGGAAAUGAAGUCACCUGCUUUAUCCUUGAAAAUAAAACAAGGGUCCUGUGACAGUGUUCCGUCUGUACAGAUUGGGCUAGUUCCACUCAUUGACUUGUUUAAUCUUCUUAAUCUUUCCUUCAUCCUAGACCAGUUAAGGACAAUAAACCAACUGUUUCCCUUCUGUUGUUUUGAGUUUUAGGUGAUCCUAUAAGUCUUGUCUCUGCAAUAAGACCAGUGCCAACACACAUGCGUGCACACACACUCACCUGCAAAUUCACCCUUUGACUGGCAUGCACACACUAAGACACCCAAGUGUUGCCCUCCUCUUCAGUUCAAAAGCAAUAUUUAGGAUAUUUUAAAAAUAUAUUAGAAGAGAAGACAAAUAGAAUUAAUAUGAUGCUUCCUGACUAUUAAAGUCUUCUUUAUUUUUUGUGAAAAGAGGAAUUAACCAAUGAUGAAAUUGACAUGCAAUAAAUUUAAUGGCUUUCUUAGAGAGUAGUGCUUAUCAGAUAUUAAUUCUAAGAAAAUUAUCAUAGAAUUUGUCAACCAAACUUACAAUAUUAAGAUUAAAAUAAUCUCCUGAGCUUUGGGAAUAGUUUAGAAAUACUUUAUUAGAGGAUGAUAUUUUAGUUUAAGAAUAUGUGUACCUAUGAUAAUGGCAUAAAAAUAGAAAUAAAGCGAUGGUUGUUUUAUUGAAGUGAAUGAAGUACAACCUUAGAUAAUCUUUUUUGAAUGUUUUUUCAAAUGUUUAUGCUGAUAUAUAGCAAAACUUGAAGUGCAAAACCAGGAAACUUGGUGAUGGUUUCCAUUGUAUCUUAGUUUACUAUUGAAAGUUGACAUAUUACCAAAGAUGUUUCAUUGUCUCAUAGCUUCUGUGGGCCAUGAGUCUGAUGUGACUCAAGUGGGUUCCUUGCUUAAGGUCUCACAAGUUCGUGAUUAAGGUGCCCACCAGUCUUGCCAUCUCAUCUAAGACUUAGCAUCCUAGUUCAAGUUCAAUAUCAGUUUCUUGUGAUUGUGGCUGAGAUCUCCAGCUUCAAGAAGCUGCCCACCAUUCUCUGACAUAUGACCCAGCCCACAGUCUGGCAGUUUCCUUCUUUAUAGCAGUAGCACAGUUUUUUUUUUUUUUUUCCCACUUACUUGCACUGGUUGUAACAGAUAAUUGAUGAUUACUUUAUAUUUCUAUCAUUAAAUUCUUGGGUCAACUUUCUGAUUCUAUCAAGCUAGGUCAUCCUUGAUUUUUAAUGUGUUUAAAGAAAAGAUUAGAGUUGAUUGUGUCACCCUGUUGAUGGUUGAAUGAAGGUGGUUAAAUUCUGAUUUUAUCACAUGAUGCCUGUAUUAGAAAAUCAUAAUUGACACAACUUAUCCAACACCUAGAGAGAGGCAUUAUCUAUCUCAUAAUGAUAGUAUUUAUUUCACUUCUACAAUGUGGCUGUGAUUAGGCCAGGUGUGAAGACAUGUGUGCUCACAGCAGCUCUGCAGUAUUGAAGAUGUGGUGGGUGAGUCUACAUGGGUAUGGAGUAACAACAGAGAAAUUAAAGAGGAUGAGAAAAGCUCAGUUGAUAUGAGGCACAUCAAGCAGGAAAUGAGAAGAGCUCAUCUGGUUGCCAUGAAUGGAAAUUGAAGCAGGGGAAGUGGUCCUACUUUAGGAUUGAGAGUAGUGAUCUCCAAACCGCUGUCCAGGAAACCCAGGGCCAUAGGAAGAUUCUCCAAAGGUUCUGUGGGCACGGACAUCUUAAGGGGCCUGAGCUCCCAGCUCCUUUGCUUCCUUAUGGAUACUUCUCCAAAGUCCUCUGUCUGACGUGAAAGGGCUCCUCAGCAAUCAGGCGAGUUCAACACCCUAAGUUCCUUUUCUCUACUACCUUUUCCCACUGUACUGAACUCUUAUCCCUCCUGGAUUUUGUGAUAGUGCAUUGCUCUGGGGACAUUAAACUUAGUGAUCUUUGAAAAUACUUUAAAAAUGUUGCUUACUGUGCACAACUAAUAAUUGCAUAUCUAUGCAGAAUAUAUACUUACACAUACACACGUGUGAAUUUGCAAGUAUGUAUGUCUCUGUGCAUUUUGUAUAUUGUGCAUUCAUUUCUCAAAUCCUGUGACCAUAGGAAAUUUAAAAAAAUUAACUUCAAUAUAUGAAAGUCUUUCAGAGAACUAUGAUGAGGUGAGGCAGAACAGACUCUCCAACAUAAAAGAGAAGCCAAUCUUGUGAGUCAACGCAAUAGGCAGGUGAGAAAAUCAAGAUGAGGAAGAAUAGAACAAUAUCAAAAAGGUAGACUGCAAUGCAGGGGGCUGGUGUCUGUGGCACAGUGGGGUUAAGCUACCACUUGGACACCCCCAUCAGAAUACCAGUUUGAGUUUCAACUGCUCCACUUCCCAUCUAUCUCCCUGCUAAUGGGCCUGGAAAAGCAUCAGAUGAUAGGCCAAGUACUUGGGUCCCUGCUACCCACAUGGGAGACCAGAUGGAGUUCCUGGCUCCUGGCUUUAGCUUGGUCCAACCUUGGCUGUUGAAGCUAUUUGGGGAGUGAGUUAGCAGGUGGAAGAUGCUCUCUGUCUUUUUCUUUCUCUCUCUGUUGUGCUGUCCUUUAAUUAAUUAUUUUAGAAAAGAAUGCAUAGUUCAUGUAAUGACAAGUUGGAUAAGUGGGAAAUGGAACAAGGACGGAGAAAUGGUUAAAAUAUUGCCCAACUUGUUUAGAUGAAGCAUAUGUAAGCAUGGUAUUCACUGAGAAGAGAGAGAGUAAGUUUAGUUCCACUGAGUGAGAUGCAUGUGGUUGGCUUUUGUGUUCACAGCAAAUCUAAAUUCAGCCUUCUGAAUUAGGUUUUGGAAUAGUAAUGGCAGAACCUGAGCCUAAGUCAAUGCCUCUAAGCUUGAGGAGAACACCCAGAGAGUUGUUGGCCCCUCCUCAUGGCAUUCAUUCAAUAAGUAUUUUCUGAAAAGCCAUUAUUUGUCGAACCCUUUCCUUCGUUUUGGGAGACAGAAGGGAACACAUCAGACCAAGGCUUAUGGGAGAAUUGAAUUUUUAGAGCUUUAGCACAAGUGAGUAAGCAAAAGUGGAAGCUGUGUUGGUAUUGGGAUAUUACACCUUUCAGAGCCAAGAUUUGAGUGCUGCUAUCAGUUCCUCAUUUGCUGAAUGAAUGAUAAAUUUGUCCCUGUCAUUUGGCAUCUAAGCUUCCAUGUUACAGUCAGCGUAUCUAUCCAAGGGAAGGAGGAAUGUCUCUUGUUGUCUGACGGAUGUGUGCCAGGGCACCCUGGGACAGGCCUUCCUUACCUCCCUUCACCCCGUCUUCCUCAGAAGGAGUAUCUGCCCAAAUGUCAGCAGCCCACAAAUAUUUCAGCUAUGUGACUCUUAACAGAGUUCUGGGCAUAGGGGAUUUUAAAACAUUGCGAAUAUAUAACAAGACUGAAAAUCCCAUCAAGUGCCUGAAUGAAGCAUGGAGUUUCUUAGAUUUGUCCCUGAAAUAAGUUCCUAUUUUGAAUAACAGUUUGUUCUAUCUGUUCGUUCACUGCUUCUCAGAGAAAUAAAAAACUGGUUGAUACUAAUUGUGUUUCUCUGAAGUGAACUUCAAUGGGUCCUCGGUAUUUGAAAAAUUGCCUGGUGAUUGAUGUCCCUUGGUACAUCUCAUUAAUUAGUUACACCAGUUCACAAACUAUACCUUUAUAUUAUCUAUUGUUAUUGGGAAAUCCAAGUUAUUUAUGCGGGUUAUAAAAAUUAAUACUCUACUAGAAAUAAAAACAGUCUUCAAAAGUUGAUUAAUGCAUUAACAAUUAAAAUUGUAAACUCAUUGGAUGUUAAUAGAUAUAUCCUGAAUGAAAAAGUCUAUAUUUUCCAGAAAAAUAGGGAAAUCAUUGGCAUUGUAGUCAAAUAUCUUUAAUGUCACCUCAAUAGAAAAAAGUUAGGUUUUUUUUCAUAUUUCCUUCUGCCUUCAAUAUUUUGAUAUAUCACACAUCACAAGUCAUCUGGAAACUCCACUUUGAAGUACAAGUGUGUGUGUGUGUGUGCGUGCGUGUGUGUACGCUUACAUGAAAUUUUAAAUUAUUAUUUUAAUUGUAUGGGAUACGCAGUGAUAAUUGCAUACAUAUAAUCAAUGUUGAAGGUCAAAUAGGUUAGUCAGCAUUUCUAUCACUUUAAAUAUCAUAAAAUUUUUUGAUGAAGACUUAAUAACUGUACAUACUUAUGGUAUAUGGUAAUGUGAUAUUUCAGUAAGUUGAAUUGUACUGAUUGAACCAGAGUAAUUAAUGUUUCCCCCUCUCCUUGUCAUUGCUUUGUUUGGAAUUUUUGAGCUACUCUCUUUUAUUUGUUCAUAAAAUAUGUAUUGGGUUAUUGUGAAUGUCAUCACCCCAUCAUGCUAUGGAACACCAACACUUACUCCUAUCCAACCGUGGUUUAGCAUCCAUAAGUCAAUCUACUUCUGUUUCUCCCCUCCCCUAUCCUGCCCAACAAAUCAGUUGUAUUUUUAGCCUUCACACAUGAGAGAGAAUAUGUGGUAACUGUCUUUCUUACUCUAACUUAUUGAACUUAUAUAAUGGCUUUCAGUUCAACCAUUUUGCUGCAAAUGAAAAGAUAUUCUUUUUAGUGGCUGAAUUAUAUUUACUGUGCAUUGAUACCAAAUAUUCUUUAUCCAUUCAUCUGUUGACGGUUAUAGGGGUAUAUUCAAUAUCCUGGCUAUUGUGAAUAGUGCAGCAAUAAAUAUGAUGGUGCAGCUAUCUCUUUGAUACACAGAUUUAAUUUUCUGUAGAUAUGUAUAUAUCCAGAAAUGGAUCAUGUGGUAGGUCUAUUUUUAGAUUCCUGAGACAUCUCCAUUCAGUUUCCCGUAACAGUUGCACCUUUUCUCUGCAUCCUGGCCAGCAUUUGUUGUUUCCUAUCUUUUUGAUAAUAGCUAAUUGAACUGAAAGUAUGAUACCUUUUCAUGGUUUUGAUGUGCAUUUCCAUCAUGGCCCGUGAUAAUGUUGAUAUUUCAACAUUAUCAUAAAGAGUUUUGUUGUCCUGGGCCCCAAAAAGUGUCUUGGAAAACUUAGGUGCCCCUGGAUUCUUUCAGAAAAAUGUUUACUACUAUGUAAGAAAAAUAAAGUUAAUGUGGUUCCCUUAGUGUACACUAAUUGGGAUGGACUUUUAUGUGCUGUCUGCUUUGAUUGUUUCCAGCCUCUUAUACCUGCAACUCACCCUGGUGGAAACCUCUUCUAUCAUUAUCUUUUUCUUUGAUUUUCUUUGACAAUAUUAUAGGAUGGUCUAGUCUAUGCAUAAUUGGUCCUAAUAUUUACCCAGAUUAAGAUCCCAAAGCCUAGAAUAAUCCUAGACAUAGAGCUCUCCUCUGCUCUUCACAUGGAUUCGUCACCAAGUCCUGUCAUUUUUGUCUUCUACAUAACCUCUCAAACAUGGACAUUUCACUCCAUCCUGGUCUCAUCCGUCUAAGAUGGCAUGAUUUGCAUGAUAAAUGUUUGGCCUUCUGAAUGGCAUUGCACUUCUAUCCAUUGUUUUCUGCUCUAAUCCCUUCUUUAUAAGGCAAAGAAAAUGAUGUUCUUAAAAAUGAGGUUGUGUCAUUUCUCAUCUGGGCACUCCACCUCCCCUCCUCCGCCACACACUUGUACAACUCCUACACACACCAAUUAAAAACUCUCCAAUGAUUUCGUUUCAUCAUCCCAGGAUAAAAACCAAACCAAACCAUCCUCCAUUCCCUCUAACCUCAUGCAUGACUACCUACCACAUUUCUCUUUGCUCUCUUGCUCUCUGUUUGAGCCACAGUGUUUUUUUUUCCUAUACUGCCUAUCUUCCAUGUCCUUGUUAUGCUGCCUUUACCUCAUUGGUCCUUCUGGUUUGAAUAAUUUCCUCUUCCUUUUUCACCUAGUUCACAGUUACUUGUUCAAAUUUCAACUCUGUUGUCAUUGCUCCCACUAUCAAUUCUGUAUUUGAUCUUCCUGAUUUGGUCAAAUCCCAUAUUAUAUUUCUUAUUACAUAUUCAUAACACCAUUCUCCUCUCCUGCCAGGUACUUCUCAGUGUCUUGGUCUUGUAUUUAUUUAUUUUUAUUUAUUGCUUUAAUUUAAUUUAAUUUUAUCUUUUAACAGGCAGAGUUAGACAGUGAGAGAGAGAGACAGAGAGAAAGGUCUUCGAGAAAGGUCUUCCUUCCGUUGGUUCACUCCCCAAAAUGGCCGCUACCGGUCGGUGCGCUGCGCCGAUCUGAAGCCAGGAGCCAAGUGCUUCCUCCUGGUCUCCCAUGCGGGUGCCUUCCUGGGCCCACUGCCUUCCUGGGCCACAGCAGAGAGCUGACUGGAAGAGGAGCAACCAGGACAGAACCGGCACCCCAACCGGGACUAGAACCCUUAGUGCUGGCACCGCAGGUGGUGGAUUAGCCUAGUGAGCCGCAGCGCUGGCUGUAUUUAUUUUUGAAAUUGUUUAGAUAAUAACUCUUGUUAUGUGAACUUGCAAGCUCAAACAAAGCAAGGGCCAUGUCUGUUUUUUUUUUUUUCUUUUCUCUCCUUAUGCUCAAUACAGUAUCUUGCCCAUUACUAGAGAUCAACAAAUAUUUGCUGAAGUAAUGAGUGUUACCUUCCUAGAAACUGGUAGUUUUUCCUUUUUCUUUCUCAGUCUCCUGGUGUUUCUUCUGUGUGUCUCAAUGUUCAUGUAAAAACUUGAUUUUCUCAUAUAUUACCAACCAGGAAGACUUUGCUACAUACCUUUUCCCCAGCUCAUACUCAGGUUUCAUUUCUCUCCUGAGCUGGUAAUAUUCAUUUGUUCCUUCUGGUUUGGUAUUGAUGAGUUUUCUCUUACCAGCAAAAUGGGCCAGUCUUGUCUUAUUUUUAUCUUUAUUUUUCUCCUCUUCCUCCUCUUUCUUAUUUUUUGAAUUUCCAGGAUCAUUUUUUAAAUUUUUUAAUUUUAAAAAAAUAUUUAUUUAUUUAUUUAUUUGAAAGUCAGAGUUACACAGAAAGAGAAGGAGAGGCAGAGAGAGAGAGAGGUCUUCCAUCCACUGGUUCACUCCCCAAUUGGCUGCAAUAGCCGUAGCUGUGCUGAUUCGAAGCCAGGAGCCAGGAGCUUCUUCUGGGUCUUCCCAUGCGGGUGCAGGGGUCCAAGGACUUAGGCCAUCUUCUACUGCUUUCCCUGGCUAUAGCAGGCAGCUGGUCCAGGAUCAUUUUCAAAGUAUGACCUAGAAAGAUCUUUGGUAGCUAAGAUUUCUACUCAGUAUACUGCUGUGGACUGAAUUUCAUUCCUACCAAAUUCUUAGUUUGAAGCCCUGAUCCCUAAUGUGAUUAUAUGUUGACACAGGGAUUUUAAGAUGUAAUUCAUACUAAGUGAGGUAAUAAGGAUGCAUCCUAAUCCUACAGAAUUGUUGGCAUCAGAAGAAAAUGAGAUCUCUUUGUCUUUUAGCAUAGGAAGAAAGUGGCCAUCUGCAAGCCAGGAGCAGGGCUCUCGUUGGGAAGCUAAUUGGCCUGCAUCAAGGUCCUGGGUUUCCCAGCCUCAAGAAUUGUGAGGAAUAAAUUACGAGGUUGAGUCAUCAAGCUUAUGAUAUUUUGUUAAGGCAGAAUGAACAGGCUAUGUAGGUAUGCUGCCAUUGGUAACAACUGCAAAGUAUGCUUCUUAGUAACCAAUGAACGUUGACAUCUUCUUAAGAGAAUGUACUCAUCUUUCAAAAUUCACUGUGUUUGUGCAUUGGGAAAUAAUUUUAGCAAAUUACUUUCUUUCUCAAAGAAAGUUGAUUGUCUCAUUGAAUCUUAUUGAUUCAUCCAAGGCCAGAAUAGAGAUUCAUAGAAAUAACAUGUUAUUGUAUUCCGAGUCAGGCAAAAACAACGCUAUCGAUCCCCUUUCUUAAGGGAAUAAUUUUGUAGUUGGAGGUCUUUUCUAAAUCAUCUUCUAAGGAAUAGGACUUCGGAAUUAAAGGUUUUUCAUGAAAGUCGUGUCUCCUGAGCAUUUUGUACCAGAAGAGGCUUGGAUCAAAUCCAGGGAAAAGUUUCAGAUACAAAUCCUGGCUGCACAUGGAAAGCAAACGUGCAAGCAAUUUGAGGUCUGUACUUUGGAGGUCUUUACUACUUUCCCAUGUCAAGUUUAAAACAAGAAGCUCUUUAUGACGAGCCUGAUCCUGCCCUUUGUGGCCAAAGAGCACAAGCACAGAUGAUGGGAGAGUGGCUUCAUACACUGUUCUCAACCUCCAGGGACCAUUAUAAAAAAUUCUAUUUCAGUUGCUCUUCGGUAGCUGGGAAUAAGAAAUAGUGGGUUGGGGUUGAACUACUCCAAGGGGCGAUCAGGUAGUUGUCCACUGGCUGGUGAAGCAACUUGCUCUUAGCACAGGAAGAUGAACAGCAAUAGCUGGUUCUCACUGGGAAAUCUAGAUUUUUCUUCUGUAAGGGUGUUGGCAAGGGUAGGGGAUAGAAUGAUGAGUGCAAGAUUCACUUAUCAUCCAUGCUUGUGGCUCUUCAUAAUCAACAGGUGCUCUGGUGCUCUCUGGGUGGUAUUCUCAGGCCCUCCUCGGGGUCAUGUGGCCCCCUGAGAAGGCUCUGGCCAGCCCUUCACAGCAAACAGUUGAUCACAUGCGUCAUUACUGAUCUUACCCCACUGAUGUCCAUCUCUUGGGGGUGGGGAGCAGGAUGUUUGUCUUAAGAACUAGGUGACAGUCAGUGCUAGUUCUUGCUCUCUGCCCAGACUUGAGACUCCCUUCCGAACAUGACAGCAUCAGAACCCAACACAGCCCCAAAAGCAAAGUGAAAAUCAUGUUCCAAGAGGCACGUCCUGCAUCUGAUCAUGGCCUCUUAGGACAGAGAAAAAAUUCAACAGCAAAAUGUUGCUGUCCCUGAAAGUAUUUCCAAACAGAAAACUUUGUGUCUGUCAUCAAAGGGAAACAUUCCUUCACUCCUAGGCCAUUGAGGAUCCCAUUAAGUGUCUUUGCAUCUGCUUCCAAAGCGUGGCUACCACUGACAUGCCUGGCAAAACAUUUGAUUCGUGAGGAAUGCUCAGAAGAGUUCCUGAUAUUUUCCGUAUGAAUUUGGUAGACAUACUUGCAAAAAUAUUUGUGUAUGUGGGAUGCUGCUUUUUAAAAGCAUGUUGCUUUGUCUAAACUUGAUCAACUUCAGCUGAUCUUUGGGGAUGUUCCUGUGGUGGUUCUUUGACACUUGGUUUGGCCACAGGAGACUUGCAAACCUCCCUCCUUUGGGUCCAUGUUAAAAGAUUAAGUGCAAAGGAAUGCUUCCCCCAACAUUUAAUGGGCUUUUUCCAAUCAGUUAUCCUGAAGCUUUUGUUUUGGUUUUGCAGCAGGUUUUGAUACUUAUACAGUAGGGCAACAGCAGGAAUCUAUUUUACUGCAGUGCAGGAAUAAUUCAUGCUGUUUAAAUAGUAAGUACGUGAGCAGCAGAGAUCAAGCAUUUAGAUCACAGCGAAAUGGCUACAGAACAAGUCAUUCAUCAGAGUCCUCAUCUGCGAAUAUUUAUUGAACAGCUCCAUGAAGCCUCAUGAGAAUUCUUAUUUAUUAAUGAAAACCACUUAAUUACCUUGUUGUACAAAUAUAUCUUGAUUCCUCUGGGUUAGUGGUUCAUACAUUGUCAUUUGAAUUAUAUCAUUUUUGUUUAUGAGGUCACUUCUAGCAGCUGAAUGUCAAACAGCAUAAAUACCAAUGCACCAACUUCAGAAGGGACUUUGUAGUUAAAGAGAAAUACUGUUAACUUGUGGUCAAAAAUCAUGAGAAAUAUUUCCAGCAAAUCGAAACAAAAGGAAAAGAGAAACUCUCAAGAUAGUUAACCUUAUAUAUUUUAAGACUUAUUGGUUUGUUUGUUUGAAAAGCAGAGUUUCAAAGAGAGAAAGAGAGUGAGAGAGAGAGAGAGAGAGAGAGAGAGAGAGAGAUGCUCCAUUCUCGAGCUCACUCUCCAAAUGGUCCCAACAGCCAGAUCUGGGUCAAGCCAAAGCCAGUAGCUUGGAACACCAUCUGAGUCUUCCCACAUGGUGGCAGGGUUGCAAGUUGUCAGGCCAUUACCUGCUGCUUUCCAAAGCACAUUAGCAGGGAACUGGGUUGGAAUCUCACUAUACCGUCACUGCAUCAACUCCUUAAGGCUAUAUAUUUUAAAGACAUGGAUGUUUAUUAAAACAAAAGACAAAAAUAAUGAUGUUACCAUUUAAAUUCCCUAACACUUUUUUCUAGUUUUUUUUAAAGACUUACAUUUUAUUCAUUUAGAGUUACAGAGAGAGGAAGAGAGAGAGAGAAAGAGAGAGAGAGAGAGAGUGAAUCUUCCGUCCACUGGUUCACUCCGCAAAUGGCAGGAGUUGGGUUGAUCCGAAGCCAUUCAUUGAUCAAGAUUCAUUGAUCAAAGCUGAUUGGAGACCUAUUCAGUUGUGGUGUGGUGUUAGCAUUAAGGAUACAGGUUCUGAACUUGACACUGACAUUUUAGGUGAUAAAUUGGCAGUGAAAUAUUUUUUUCAAUGUUUUUAUACAAAUGCUCUUUUGUAAUACAGAUUUGCCUUUUCACAGAGACUCCUAAACUUAGAAAAUUUGCUCUCAAAUUAAGAGAAAUGCUCACUCAUUCUCUAUUAGUGCUAAAUUUUUUUUAUCAUUCUUCUUAAUAUUUUCUAUUGAUCAUGUGUUGAUUUCUUAAUGAAUUAAGAUAAUCUUUAUUUACCUUAGUAAACUCACCGUACUUUUUAUUUAUUUAUGUAUAUGGAGAGAGAGAGAGAGAAGGAAAACCCUCAUUUCCCACAUGGCACUGGGCUGGAGCCAAAGCUAGGAGCCGUCAACUCAGUCCAGGUCUCCCACAUGGGUGGCAGAAAUCCAAUUACUUUAGCCAUCACUGCUGUCAUGUAGGGGUCUGAUGUAGCAAGAAGCAGGAGUCAGGAGCUGGUGCUGGGUACUGAACUCAGCUACUGCGGCACAGGCAUUCUAACCGCUCGGCUCAACACCCACCCCUCUCUCUUUUUGUACAGUAGAUUUAAACUUGUUCAUGAAUUUCAGGCUCUGUGUAUUGCUUCACAUGUUCAUUAUCAUAGGUCAUUUCCACGAGAUUGUAACUUUAAGAAGUUUUUUACGAACAAAUCACUUUGAAAUUCUGAUCACCUUUAUCUAAAAACACAUCCUGGAAAUGAUUCUUGAUAUUUAAUUUUAGGUUGACAGUGUAGGCAGAAUGUCUAACUCCCUCCCCUCUGCUCAGCUUGUUUGAACAAUGCCAAGUUGCCUUUGCAUAGCAAAGGAGGCAGCUCUCUGAACCUGUGUCCACAGGUAGAGAUUCCAACAAAUAACGCAUCAUCCGAGGACUGUCUUCCUUUUGGCCCCAUUGUUUUGGUUGCUGUCUGGAAAAUUGUGCAGUAGAAUAGGUUCAUUUCUGAUGGGCUUAGCCUUGAACUCAUUUCUCUGGGGUAAUCUGGGCCCACAUCUGGCCCUGGGUGGUCCUUGUUGACAUCUGGGCUCAGGGAGCCUGGGUCUGUGACUUGCACGUUCACAGUGCUUGAGAACAGGAGUUCAGGAGUAAAGAAGGCAAACAACACACAUAAGCCAGCAGGAGAGGAAGGAAACCCAGGUGUUCCAGACAGGUGACAAAACCCAGACAGUGUGUUUGCAGUGGCUGCCCUAACUCAGAACUUAUUCCAGUGUAAGGACCCUGGACUCUCGACGGAAGUCCUGAGUUGGUGCCUGAAAGCUGAGUGUCUUGGUUCCUUUUCUGAGAGCUUGACCUUGGCUCCCUGUUAGGGAGCCUGGGAGUCAAGAUGAACUGGCUGCAUCAGGCAAAGACCUCUUGAGGAGCUAGGUCUCAUACCUAGGCUCUCUGGCAUGGGAUGCAGACAUCUCAAGUAGAGGCCUCUCGGCUUCACCAAACUCCUGCUUCAGCCUCCCUGAGCACCCUGAGAAAGGCAUUCAUUCCUCUUCCGACACAGCCAUCUCUUCAAAACUCCACCUCCCGGGGCCGAUGCUGUGGUGUAGUGAGCUAAGCCUCUGCCUGCAGUGCCAUCAUCCCAUAUGGGCGUGGGUUUGUGUCCCUGCUACUCAUCUUCCUAUCCGACUCUCUGCUGUGCUGUGGCUUGGGAAAACAUUAGCAGAUGGCCCAAGUGCAUGGGCAUCUGUACCCACAUGGGAGAACUGGAAGAAGCUCCUGGCUCCUGGUUUCAGAUCAGUUGCUGCCAUUUAGGGAGUGAACCAGCAGAUGGAAGACCUUUCUGUCUCUUUGUCUGCAACUCUACCUUUCGAAUAAAUAAGUAAAAUCUUAAAAAAAAAAAAAUGCCACCUCCUAUCAUGGCCACAGUGGUGGUCAGAUUUCAACAUGAAUUUCAGAGGCGACAAACCAUACUCAAACCAUAGCAAUGGAGGAAUCCAAACUUCUCUUAAGAUAUGAAGCGAAUGAAUUGAUUGAUUCCUGGGGAAUAUUUAUUUUUGCCUUUUCCCAUCAUAACUUUAUAAAUAGAUGUGAAAUACAGCAAGGCAAGCUUGACCUUUCACCUGUUUCUCACUUACCACCCUUUCAAAGACUUUUCCACACACUCAGUCUCUUCUUGUCACUUAGCACCCACCUCACAACCUCAGAAAUAUAGUAACUUAAUAGCUUUUGUUUUGGUGAAAUAUUGUAGUUCCUCAAGAGCUUUGAAAUCCAUCUGAUAUCGAAUUCAAGUCACGAAGGACUUGUGUAACCAGCAGCAACACUUUCUAUACAAGACCUUUCUCCCAGGUCGAUAAUUUGUGUUCUUCCUGAAUCAAUGUGUAUUACCAAAUCACUAUAUAUUAAUUUUCUGGCCUAUUGGUUCACAAUUACUGCUGUAUAGAUCAAUUCCUGGAUAUUUUCCAACCUCAUUUGAAUUUCUUUCUAACUUAGGAUAUAUGAGUCCUAUUUUCAUUCUCUAAAGUGGGUAUGUAAGAAAUUGAGACUUUUUGUGAAAUGACCUGAAGUAAAGGUAUGAAUUGGAAAAUUAAUGGAAAUCUGAAUGUACAACCUAUUCCAGUGGCUGGGGUGGUCGUCAAAGUAAUCUUUCCCCCUCUUUUCAGAAACCUUCACAGAAUAACUUUCAGCUUAGAAUGCACUUAAUUUGCCUACGCUUAGUUCCUGACACUUAAAGAUACAAAACACCCAGCCACAUCUUGUAGUUAACUGUUUGGGAGAAACACAUUUUAAUGACAUUUAAGAGCUAUUUGAAACAAUUUACGGUACUAAAUGUCAAAAAUGUUCAUGGGUGUGCGUUGUCUCUGAAGACACAUUGAAUUCUGACUUCUCCUUUGGAAGGGAGGUAGUAAAUUUAAUUCCAUAAUGGGGUAAAACAAAGCAAUUUAUUCAAAAUUUAAGCUAUCCUUAGCAAUUUAAAACUUGAGCUUUAACCAGGGGUAUCUUGAAUAAUCAUUUAGGUUGCAAAGAUAGCUGGGAGAUUUGUACCGACUUUAUCAAACCAUAAACAGUUUCAUGUAUGUUUUGAAAAGCUAAACAAAUUUUAGAAUGUCUUGAGUUAUAACUUAGUACAUAUUAAACACAAGGUUGGUGUUGUGGUGAAGAGAGCUAAGCUGGCAUCUGCAAUGCUGGCAUCCUAUAUUAGAAUGUCAGUUUGAGUCCUGGUUGCUUCACUUCCAUCCAGCUCCUUGCUGAUGUGCCUGGGAAAGCAACAGAAAAUGGCCCGAGUACAGACCCCGGCUACAGGUUUGGGAGACCUACAUGGGGUUCCUAGUUCUUGGCUUUGGCUUAGCCCAGCCCUGGCCAUUGUGGCUGUUUUGGGUUUGAACAAGUGGAUGGAAGAUCUUUCUCUCUCUACCUCUCUCUCUGUUUCUCUCUCUAUGUCACUCUCUUCUUAAAAAGAUCUUAAACUAAAUCUUAAAAAGAAGUACUAUUUGUAUUUUUCAAACAAAAUUUUUAAAAAUAUUAGAGGUAAAAAGGAGACAGUUCUGGUUAUGGUAAAAUGUAAUUUUAUACUUUUUUUUUAGUUUCUGAGGGUUUCUUUAUCUCUGUGAGUUAUGGUAAGCAUUGCAAUUGGAUAAGCAGGAAAUAGACCUUUGUAGCAAAACUGAUUUUCUUAACACUAACAAAUUGAUUAAAAGAGAAUCUUAACAUAUAAACUUCAAAUAGAUUCGGCAUAUUAGAGGGCAAUCAUGGUCCAUUACAUCACUGAUUCUAGAUAUUUGAGCAAUCUGAUUUUAGGAAUAAUCACAUAAUCAUUCAGAAAUACUACCUGUUCAGUGUAUAUAAGUUUUAGUGAUAAGUGAGUGAUAAGUGAAACUAAAAGGUCUUUAAGGAAUUUUUCAAGCAUAAACUAAUUUCAGGUUGUAAUGAAAGGGAAAUUGGAACAGAGAGAAUAACACUGUUAAGUUGGAAUACUUAUUGAACUUAAUUAUUAAAAUAUUGUAAAUGACAGAAAAAUUCUGGUGGCACAAAUGCAGAUAAGUUCAAAGAGGAAGAUGAUGUGUUGGAAGUUGUA